AUGAACAGCAAAAGCAGAAAUCUAAUGGACCACGUUAUGAACAUGCUUGAGAUGCACGCAUCAAGUUUAGAGGACGAGGUUGCAGAGAGGACGAAAGAACUCAUUGAGAAGAAGAAGAGCAAUAUCCUGCUCUACAGAAUGCUUCCAAGAUUUCUCCCUUUUCAUUUGUUUUGCUGGCAGGUGGCCGAGAAACUCAAACUUGGUCAAAACGUCGAGCCGGAAACCUAUGAAAGUGUCGAAACAAUAGGCGAUGCCUACCUAUGUGUAAGCGGAUUGCCGAAUCGAAAUGGUCGCGAUCAUGUGAAGGAAAUCAACAGUAUGUCGUUGGGUUUUAUGAGGAGUCUUGUGGGGUUCCGAAUCCCUCAUCUACCAGGGGAGAACCUGAACCUGAGAGUUGGAUUCCACACAAGGUCUGUGGUGGCUGGCGUUGUGGGUCUUUCAAUGCCCAGAUACUGUUUAUUUGGAGACACUGUGAACACCGCGAGUCGCAUGGAAAGCAGUGGAAAGCCUGGAAUGAUACACAUUUCCUCAGAUGCGAACAACUUGCUUCAUGAAGUUGGAGGAUACGUAACAGAACCCAGAGGAGAGAAUUUGUUUCAGGGGAAGGGCGUGAUGGAAACGUUUUGGCUCCUUGGUCCCACAGAUGGAACUCAUCAACUUAAAUUCAACCGCAAAAGACUAUCGCAGGCGAUUUUCAAGAUCAAGGCAAUAUCAGAUCAAUUAAAACUGUCUUAG